CCUUUUAUAUUGAGUCCUUGGAGAAGGACUUUUCUACGGAAUAUAUGGGUCCUUCGGAGAUGAUUUGGAGAAUAGGAACAGAAAUUUUGUGCCACUGUUCACAUAGCAACAUGAAAGAGUUCAACUCUUUCAUAGAACAGAUGAAAACUUUAGGAGUAAAAAGAUAUUUGAAGGUCUGUCUAGAGCAUGCUUUUCACCUCCUUUGUAAUGGACGAACAGAUGAAGCCUACCAGAGCUUGUCCCUGGCAGAAAGCUGGAGGUUUGGAGAACAAACAACAGCUCAGGAUAAAGAACUGAAGCUCAUUCAGGCUUACAGAGGACUGUUGGACUACUAUAACUGGUCUAAGCAAAAGCAGGUCCUGUUAGAGUAUGAUAAGAAUGGAUUUGAAGACCUGUCUGUUGAGCAGGAGAUGCACAAUUCUUUCCGGAAAGCAGCAGUCAGCUUGAAGGAGAUCAUUCAAAUACCUGGAGUCUGGGAUUUCUUUGUGCAAUGCUAUGUAGAUAUGUUGGAGUUCUAUGGGGACCAUGAGGAAGCCCGCCAAGUAUUAAGUGAAUACGCCUAUAACUCAAAGUUUCCUGCUAAUCCCAAUGCUCACGUUUACCUCUAUCAGUUCCUAAAGAGACAUGGUGAACCAAAGAAGUCAUUGAUCUCUGUGCUCAAGAUUUUGCAUGAUAUUGUUCCUUGUCAUGAACUAAUGAUAGAUUUUCAUGCCAUGCUUCAAAAGUCAAAGAAAAGAAAAAAACGUCGACUGGGGCUAGAGGUUAUUUUUGCAGCGUUGGAUUAUGCUGGGUGGAAGGAAAAUGUCAAAGCAUGGAGUUGCUUGGCAGGACAAGUUAAGCAAAUUACAAUCUCUGAGAAGCAUCUUGAGUGGCUCAAGCAGGAGUGGAACUCCAGAAAGGACUGGUGGCCAGCCUUCCAUUUUAGCCGUUACUUGGCAAAGCGGAAUUGGCAGGAAAAUGAAAGCCUUGCAUAUGAAAAAGCUCUGGUGGCUGGAAUCUUACUGGGAAAGGAUUGCAAGUACUUCAAAUAUGUAUCACACCAAGGCUGUAAAGAUCAGAAGAAAAAGUUUCGGACACUGAAGAAGUUUAUGAAUAAGCACAGCUCUGUCUACCUAAGAAUAUCUGGACUUUCAGAUUCUUCUGUACAAACUUGA